AUGUGGACGUCGCUGUGGAGGGGGGUGCAGGCCGUGUCCCCCGUCCCCUCUGUCCCCCCUCGGAUCUCGGCUCUGUCUGGCUUCUGUGUGGUCAUCCCCUGCUCCUUCCCCCCCUCCCCCACCGUCUCCCCCCUCAGCAGGAGGAGGGAGCGAGUGGACGUCCGGAUCCGCUUCAGGGGAGGGGGCCCUCUGUUCCCCCUGCGCAGCACUGCCUUCAACAGCCAGGACCAGGACCAGGUGAACCGGGACUACCAGGGGAGGGCGUCUCUGGUGGGACCGGUGUCAGAGGGAGACUGCUCGGUGCGGUUCAGCCGAGUGGACCGAGGAGACUCCAGGAUGUACGAGGUGGCUCUGAAAAGUGAACGGGACCUUCUCUGGGGAAAGGCCAGCACGUUCAACCUGCAGGUCACAGAUCAGCCCUCUGCCCCCGUCAUCACUGGGACCUGGGCCUUCACAGAGGGACAGGUGGUGACCCUCAACUGCUCCACAGAGUUCUCCUGUCAGUCCAAACCUCCGUCUCUGACCUGGAGCUGGGUCCGAGGAGCCCCAGCCAACAGCUCCGAGUCCUGGACACAGCUCAUCCUGCCUCCCCUGCCCCCCCACCCCGGCCUGACCUCCCCCCUCUCCCCCCCGCCCCACCGCCCCGUCCUCACCUCCACCCUCUCCUUCAUCGCCUCACACCAGGUCCAGCCCCGAGUCCGCUGUGAGGCCCGCUAUCCAGGAGGAAAGAGACCAGCAGUCCACCUGGAUCUACACGUGACCUUCUCCCCCACAGAUGUGCAGGUCCAUGUGCAGACCUUGAUGGUACAUGAAGGGGGCAGUGCUCUGGUGUCCUGCUCCUGUAAGGCCGACCCUCCCGUCACAGAGUACCGCUGGUCCUACGUCCAACAUGGCCGCCACGUACACCUGCAUCAGAGGGGUCACUCCGUCCGCCUGCGCAACGUGACCCGGGACAUGAGGGUGCUCUGCUCAGCUCGCAACCUGAUUGGCCGAGGAGACUCCCCGCCCCUGACCCUCAACGUCCAAUUCGGCGCCACGGUCCUGCAGCGAGCGUCCUUCUGUGCGUGGGACGGUCUGACGCUCCUGUGUCAGUGUGCCGCCCAAUCCAACCCCGGAGCGUCCAUCACCUGGAGCGUCAACGGCAGCGUCCCACCGCCGGAUUUCAACGUCUCCUUCACGGUUCACUCGCACACGUCCAAGGCCACGGUGAGAGGACGCCUGGACGCCGCCGUGCCGGUGGUCUGCCACGCCAUCAACGCACUGGGGAACGACUCUGCGCUGUUGCUACUGGGAGGAGAGGCGUCUCCGCUGCUGUGGCUCGUGCUUCCAGCUGUGACCGUCUGUUGUCUGCUCCUCCUGCUCUGCGUCGGUCUGUGCUGCUUCAGAAACAGGACUAAAAAAGGCUCGCUGCGUCCGGCCACACGUCCUGAAAACCUCAGCAUUUACCAGGAAAGGACGCCUCUCUACAUCAACUGCACUGAAGUGACCCAUAUUUACACAAACGGGAGCUACCAACUCGUCUACCAGAACUCCACGCCCUGUUUCGUCCAAACCAAACAGAGUCGUCCGAUGGGCAGACGAGGAGGAGAGAGACGCAGACGAGCAGAGCGGAGAAACAGAGGAAACCAGAGUAGUUCAGGACCAAGAGACAGAGCCCAGAGUCCUGCAGCGACAGACGCAGACACAGACGCAGACACAGACGCAGACACAGCCGCAGACACAGCCAUUUACCUGGAGAUUCUCUGA